GUAUAAAGCACACAGCCAGGAAGGAUUAAAUCAGUUUACUUUAGAAUUUAAGAAGAUUUACUUGCAGUUUUUAUGCUGGAUCAAUAGUUGACCGGAGUGCGUAACGGUGAUGCGUAAAAGUAUUCAAAAAGAGCUAAAGUUUUAUCAGACGUAGACAAAAAGUACUGGUACUGCUUUGAAAGUAACUUUUUGAUUCCUGGGUAACUUUGUACCGGGUUUUUAUUUAUUUAUUUAUUUAAUCGCCGCUCAGCUGGACAUGGCGGAAGGAGACUUCUACACGAUGGGAAGCCGACAGAGGUUUCCGAGGGAUCCGUUCAGCGAGUCUCCGUUCAGAGACCAGUCCCCAUUCAGGGAUCAGCUCGCGACCCGGUUUAUGGAUGAUGACUUUGGGAUGACUUUCCCCAACGAUCUGUCGAUGGACUGGCCGGGCUGGGCUCGGCCGGGCCCCCGGAUCAGCACGCGCCUCAGCCCGUCGCCUUUCUCCAGCACUUUACGCACAGGGCUCUCCCCGCGUCAGUCCACGGGAGGUCCCGCGCUCUACACCAGCAGGUACAGCGAUCCCUCCUCCAGGAGCUCACCCACGACCACAGGGGGAGAACCGUGGAAAGUUUGCGUGAACGUACACAGCUUCGCGGCGGAGGAAUUACACGUGAAAACGAGAGACGGCUUCGUAGAAGUGUCAGGAAAACAUGAAGAGAAGCAGGAAGAAGGAGGCAUAGUGACAAAGAAUUUCACAAAGAAGAUACAGUGAGAUCCGAUAGAUGUGGACCCUCUGACGGUCUUUGCCUCCUUGUCACCCGAGGGCGUCCUCAUUAUCGAAGCUCGACAAACGCCGCCAUAUUACCUCUUCAGCAGCGAGGGCUCCCAGGGAGGCGACACGCAGGAGGGGGAGGCCCUCAAGUACCAGGAGGCACCCAUGGUCUAAACAACACCUCACACACUCACAUAACAGAUAAUCCAGCACAAGCUUGAUAUGAAACGUGUGGCCUGAAGCUUUGCCGGAAAUAUUCACAUAUGUCAAAUUUCCUGUCAGGCACAGAUGCGUCCUGUUUGAUAGCUACAUUAAAGCUGCACUAGGCAAGAUUUUUUUUUUCUGUAAAAAUCACAUUUAAAUUUAAAACUCAGCUGCUGAUGUCCAUGGGGCUUGAUUUCAGAGAAUCUGCUUCCAGCGGCUGAUUAAAAUGUUCUUCUCCCUUUGGAGGGUUUCUGGGCAUGUCCAACUGGGAGGCCACCCAGAGGUAGA